AUGAUCUUGUCACACCCCGACUGCAUGCCUGACAACUGCACCUGUUUCCUGUUCCACCUGGGAUACUGCAUCGACCCUUGUGUGAGUUACAAAGAGUUGUCAGACCCAUGGAGGAACAUUGGCUUCAACUCUACUCGCUUCCCUGGUUUCCCAAAAUGCGAGUCCAGUUUUAAAGGACAGUGGUUACGCUUCACAGGGAUUGGGGGUGACGUCAUGUCAGAAACCUGUAUUCCCUCGUAUCACAGUGGGGGGCACUGUCCCCUGUAUCUGACCUUCUCUCACCCAAACCUGGGGGAGGGGAUAAAAACAGGAAAUGUCCAGCAUAGUGUCUGCAAUGAAACAGUCUGUGGUCCCCUGUCGCAAUGCGUCAAUGGGGCCUGCUUCUGCCAACAGGGGUAUAUGGCUCCUGACACAUACUUGCCCACCCCUGACUCAUUCGGCUGCCAGGACAUUGAUGAGUGUGUCCAAAACCCAGCCACAUGUGGCGCCAAUGCAGUAUGUACCAACACUGUGGGCAGUUACCAGUGCUACUGUUCACGGGGUUUUCUCUCUUCAACUGGGCUUCAGUGGCAGUUUGGGACAACUGUGUGCAUGAGUUUAAACUCGCAAAUUGACUCACUUACGCCUCAACAGGCCCAGGCUUUGCAGAUGUCCAUGCUGAACAGCAUCCAGCAAGACAUUAUGAACAGCACCAACAUAAGUCUACCUCUAGAGUACCCCUUCCCCACGGGUGGCUCCAGCCACCUUUCUGGGCCUGGGCGGGCACUUCUGGUGCCGGAGAGCCGGGUGGUCCCUGUGGAAGGCCAACACAAGGUCGAGGUCCAGGACGUCCGCUGCUGGCACCAAACAGUGCUCCUCUGGGCCAUACCCUUCCCAAUUCACCAGCCACCAGUACCGCCCUUCGAGGAGGGAGAGGGUCCAUCGACUUGGGACAGGGCGUUGGCCUUGGUGUUCUUUAUUCCUGGCCUAUACGACACGGUGAACCUGAACCGGCAGAGCCGUAAUGGGGGUGGCCACCGAGCUGAAAUCUCUGAUGAACUUGAGGCUGUAAGCAACAUCUUGGAAAUGACUGUGAACAUGUCAGCCAACGUUGUCAGUAACAGUGGGGAGGGUGGAGGAAGUGCAGAAGUAGGCAGUGUGCUGCUGAAGAUCUCAGAGAAACUCGUGUCCACCUUUGUACCACACACCCAAACCCCGUUCAACAAGACCAUGAAGACACCUGUUUUGGAAGCUGACAUUCAAACUAUAGGUCCAGAAAGACCUUCGAACCUGACUGCAGUUCAUUUGCUUGCGGUGAAGGAAAACACAGUGUCAAUUAACCUUUCAGCAGUUGCAGAUAAAAGCAGUGGAUCAGCAGCUCUGAUGUUCAUGUCCCUGACUGGAUUAGACACAUUCCUGAGUGCCCAGUACUUUAAAUCCGAGAAUGCCACGCAGAUGUACUCUGAUGUCGUUUCUGCCACCCUACUUUGGACAAAUAACACAGGCCUUCCAGAGCCUGUCAACUUCACCCUCCCCCACAAGGUAGGGCCCUCAGAGGAUGGACUGGUGACUUGUGUGUACUGGGAAGAGAAUGGUGAUGUGAAGCGCUGGUCCACAGAGGGCUGCAUGGCCAUCGUCUCAGAUGGAAACAGCACCAUCUGCACCUGCACCCACCUCUCUACCUUUGCUGUCAUCCUGCAGACUGAGAAGGCAGUGCAAAAAGAGGACCCUUUGUUGGAGUGGGUCAACCUGGUCUGCAUGUGUGUUGGCCUGACAUUCCUUGGUCUUGCUGUCCUCACCUUCCUCUUUUGCACCUGGAACCCAAAGGUCAACAAUACAGCUCGUCUGCACCUCAGUCUCACCCUCUUCCUGGCCUACCUGCUCUUCCUGGUGGGCCUGAAUCGCACAAAUAAUGCACUUGUGUGCUCUGCUAUAGCUGGGCUGCUGCACUUCCUGUUCCUGUCCAGCUUUGUGUGGAUGUUCCUGGAGACACUGCAGCUCUUCCUAUUGGUCAGGGGUCUGACCAAGGUACAGGCCAUCCAGAAGGAGGGGCUGAAGAAGCGUUACCUUUUGCUCAUAGGCUAUGGUACUCCCCUAGUUGUGGUGGGAGUUUCGGCGAGAGUCUUACCUUCCGGUUAUGGAAGUGCCGAAAAGUGCUGGCUGAACACUGAAAAGGGCUUCAUAUGGAGUUUCUUAGGUCCAGUAUGUGUUAUUCUUUGUGUUAAUUGCGUCCUGUUCUGUGUAAUUCUCUGGACCCUACAGCCAACACUAAGCAGUAUGAAGAGUGGUAUUUCCCAGGCAAAGGAUACCAGACUGAUUGUUUUCAAAAUCCUGGCCCAGUCCAUCAUCCUGGGCUGUGCUUGGAUCCUGGGAUUCUUCCAGAGCAGCACUCUGUUGCAGUACCUCUUUGUCAUUGUCAACUCGCAGCAAGGGACCUUCAUCUUCAUCGUCCACUGUUUGUUCAACAAGGAGGUGCGAGAGGAGUACGUGGCAUGGUUCUCACGCCUGUGCAGAGUGGAGAGGCCAGAUGAGAGUCGACACCCCUCCGUCUGUGCAAAUUCUCUCAGUGACUCUGUGGUAAGGACCCGUGUGCGUUUUGUGGUACUGAACAUCCUGUGCUGUUAA